AUGCCACACGUUCUCAUGCGGAAAAGUUGUAAUUAUUAUUCAAAGAUUAGUCGUAAACGUUUUCUCAACGUUCCGAAAUUUCCCAUGGAUUUGGAUGUCGAAUAUUCAAAGUGGAUUGGUUCCUAUAUGCGUACCCUUUUCAGAGAAACGUCGUUCUCACAGCGAUUUAAAUCUGAUUAUGAUUAUUAUCUAGCUAAGUUUAAAGGACACUUUAUACCGUGCACAAAUUAUCAAAAUCAAGAAUCAGAGAAACAGAAUGAUAGUAAUGAUAGUGAUGAUGAUGAAAUUGAUCAGAAAAACGAAAAUAAUACUCAACCAAUAGAUUUAAAUGCAAGUACACAAGAUGUUGCUUCUCAAUUGGUCUUUAAAGCAGGUAAAGGAAUUUUUAGUUUAUUGGACUAUUCAGUUGGAAAAAUAAAAUAUGGUGAACAAGAAAUGCUGAGAGAUUUAUUUUUAUGGUGUAUAUUAACAAAUCGUUAUACAAUGGCUAAAGUGUUUUUAGUUCAUAUUAAAUCUCGAAUAUGUGCAUCGUUAAUUGCAUCAACAAUAUUAAAACGUUAUUCAACAUAUUCUACACGUUUAGAUGAGGAACAUUUAUAUAAACAACAAUCAUUAGAAUUUGAACUAUACGCAACAAACUGUUUAAAUUAUUGUUAUCAACAAAGUGAAAAACAAGCAUGUGAAUUAAUCAUUAGAGAAGUACCUUUAUUCGGCUAUGUCACAUGUAUGCAGGUAGCUAUUGCUACAAGAUGUAAAUCAUUUAUCAAUACCAAUUGUUUCAAUCAAGUAUUAAAUCGUAUUUGGUAUAAUAAAUUAGAUAAUUAUAAUCGACAGUAUUCAGCUAAACCAAACCUAUGUUUAGCAAUUCUUACAUUUGGUGUAACAGCACCAUGGCUACUCAAUUAUAGAAUUAAAGAAAUACACAAAGUAAGCACUUUUAAGACCUCUCUUACAAAAAUUUCUGUAUUUUACAAUCGAUUUAAUGCCAUUUCCAGAGACUAUUCAUCUUAAUAAAAUAUGAUUAUGAAAUAGAUUACAGUGUUGUAUUAAGAUGUAGACUUAGUCUUACUAAUUUUUUGGGAUUUUUGUGGUAACCAGUGUGAAAAAUGCAGCUGUUUUCUUGUCAAAAAUUUCUUACGAUGGAGAACUAUGAGAAAUUCGAAACGAUUUUGUUUUUUAUAGUCGAGAUUCGUUUCUAGUUCCUCUUCGAGUCAACUUUUUGGAAUUAUUUUUUAUUUUCAACUUCAAGGGAAAAAAGAUCAAACUCUAAAACAUAUUUGCAGAAGUGUAACAACGACAUGAAUGAAAACAUACAUUCCUAGACACUCUAAGAUGCACUAAUUAAUUUCAUUUCCUAAACUUCAGUUUCGAUAACUGCAAGACAGUUCGUUAUGUUACAUUAUUUUAGCUUCAUAUAUUUUUGUUUAUAAUAAUUGUUUAAUUGAAUGAAUCGAUAAUGUAAUGAUGCUGGUCAAAUUGCUUGGGUUGAAUCAAUGGUAAUAGACCAACUAUUUUACAUAAUUCUCGAAUAGAUAUAAACCUGGAUCGUAGGAGUUCUGUACAUAAUUUAAUAAUAGUCACUAGUCUAUUUGUCUGAUAAACAGAGUGUCAUUAUUUCAGACUCAGUAUAAAAUCCAAGAUAUUCCAUUACUCUUCAUGUGAGAGUAAUGAGAAUGAGGACUGAAAAAUGAUUUAUUUGAAACUUAGAAUGACACUCAUUUCAUGGAAUAAAUAUAAAAGAGUAUUUCUACGAACUACUAAGAUUUCCAACAAGUGCUGGAACAACGUUAUAUCGCCUAGACAAAUUAUCAAAAGUCAAACAAAAAUUUACAUAGUCAAACAAAUUUACUUUUGACCAUUUUCAAAUAGUGGUACAGUGAGAUAUACAUUGGGCGAGUCAAUUUUGAUCAUACAGUCCGACAAUUAAAAUAAAUUUUUUAGCGCAUUUUCAAAUAAAUUUUCAUUUUCAUAUAAAUUUUUUAGCGCAUUUUCAAAUUCAAUCGAAUAACUUCAAACAAUAUUCAAAACUCAUCUUAAACGUUAAAUCUUAUUAAUCUUAAUAGAUAGUUUUCUUUUCCUAUCUACAUAUUCCUAACUUACUAUCUAUAUCAUCAACAUUAUUUCACAUACAUACGCUUGAGGAAAUUAAAUAAAAUUUGGAAAGUAGCUAGAGACGUGUGGUUUGCGUUGUUAGAAAGAGAAAAGAUAACUUUAUCAGGAAAUGUAACACUCAAGCAGGUUGCACCGGCUUCUGGUACCACCUAUCGAUGAAACUUCUUUAAGUGGACUUAGCGCCGAAAGUUCUUAUAGCAUGGGGUUGUCGUAUGACAUGAUUCAUAGAGCAAACAUUUCUAUACAACCCUCCACAAUCAGAAAAUUUAUUAAACUUCAAGUCUGGCCAGGGAAGGCCCAAAACCAAAACCUCUAAAAAUUGGUUUUUGGUCCGAAACCCACCUUAAAACUUCUUGUAUUGUGUUCUCGUGUAGCCCACGUUGUAGAGCAUGUCGAACUACCCUUGUGUACCAAUUUUGAGCAUCACACGAUUUCGGGAACGAAAAUUCGAAGUUUUCGAUAAAUGUCUCAUAGGCUGUGAUCAUAUGCACUAAAAUGGACGUACAAACUUCGAAUUUUCGUUCCCGAAGUCGUGUGAUGCUCAAAAUUGGUACACAAGAGUAGUUCGACAUGCUCUACGACAUGGGCUACACGAGAACACAAUACGAGAAGUUUACGUAGAUAGGAAAAGAAAACUGUCUAUUAAGAUUAAUAAGAUUUAACGUUUAACCGAUAGAGUCCCUAUGUCCACUAUAGUGGACAUAGCCUUGAAGUUAUAUUUUAAACAAAUAUUGAGUGGAAGAGGCACUUAUUAUAUGUAUUCUUGUAGCUCAUAAAGAGCUCUAUCUACU